UCAUGAUUAUUCCGUUAGCCCCCACGUGUAUUUACACAUGCGCAGUAUACCCUAAUAUCUCUUUCAUCAAGGCAAGAUGGGUAUCUCCAGAGAUAGUUGGCAUAAGCGAAGGUCGACGGGGGGCAAGAGGGCCCCCAUUCGCAAGAAGAGAAAGUUUGAGUUGGGAAGGCCUCCUGCUGGUACCAAGAUUGGGCCAAAGCGAAUCCACUUGGUAAGAACUCGUGGCGGAAAUUCAAAGCAUCGAGCAAUGCGCUUGGACAAUGGCAACUACUCCUGGGGCUCUGAAGCUACAUCGAGAAAAUGCCGUGUCCUGGAUGUUGUCUACAAUGCCAGCAACAACGAGCUUGUGCGUACCAAAACUCUAGUCAAGAACUGUAUAGUGUUGAUCGACUGCACUCCCUUCAAGCAAUGGUUUGAGGCGCAUUAUGGGAUUCCUCUAGGCCGCAAGAAGUCAAAGAAGACAGAGGAAUCGACUGAAGAUGAUGUUCUAUCUGUUAAGAAGUCAAACCACGUUCAGAAGAAGCUUGCUGCCAGGAAAUCCACCUCCAAGAUUGACCCACACGUAGAGGAGCAGUUCCUCACUGGAAGACUUCUAGCGUGCGUGUCAUCCCGACCAGGGCAGAGUGGCCGGUGUGAUGGGUACAUUCUAGAGGGCAAGGAGCUCGAGUUCUAUCAGAGAAAACUCAAGUCCAAGAAGGGAAAAUAAACUCUAUCAUGAAACUGUUUUCAUUAUGUCAUCUUGUAACUUUCCUGAUGUUUGAUGAUUUAUUUGUUCUUG